AUGACAUCUUUCUUUCCACUAUUCGGAUUCUGCUUGCUGUUCAGCCUCUCCGAGUGUAAACUCAAUGAAGUGCGGCCACAUCGCGACGUGCUGAGGGAGUUUUUGAUCGCUCAACCAACGCCCGAGAGUCAAGAGUUGGCAAAGGCGGUUUGCAAAGUAGAGUGUCUCAGGGAUUGCCUCAAUACUUUACAGGCCAAAACAAAUAAGGACAAUAUGGCCAAAGCAGUCCUUGAAGAGCUUAGAAAAACGCCUGUCAAUGUGCAGUCGGAGUGCCGUCGUCUUUCACCAGCUUACCUCUUUUACAACGAGUGUGAACGAGCCUGCGACACCGACUUGGCUUAUAAGGAGUGUGCAAAGGGAUGCGCGUCUGGGGAACUUCAGGAAGGCUGGGCCUGUCACAUAGGGUGUAGAAAGCUGGACACAGCGAUGAAACAUCGCUUCGGCGACUGUCCAUCCACUGGUGCGUUGGAACCUAAGGAGGGGAGUGAGCACUGGCUGUCUCUACGUGACGCGGGUGCCUCUGCGCCUCCCUGUAUCUUGGAUUUGGACUGCCCGGGGAACAAAAAAUGCUGCUCCAGGAUCUGCAUGGUACCCACUUUUGGCGAUGUCAUCGAAGUGGGUACUUACCUCUCUAAAAGGGAGCAGCCGCACUCUUUAGACAUACCAGAGCUUGUCCAACCUCCACAAAUCACGGAGGGGAACAGGCCGCGAUCAUUCGAACUGACCUGGAAUGUUGCUGGUGAAAACAAACCCUCGUUUGCGGAGCCAGUCAUCUACGUUUUGCAAGUACGAACGUAUUUUGGUCCAGAGUUUGAUCCAAUGGCUGCUAACGCCUGGAAGACUCUCACCAUGACAACCAUCCCGGGAGCUCGGCUGAGUGAACCAGAUGUAGGUUGGUGGUACCAGUAUCGAAUUGCAGCCGUGAAUCGUUUUGGAUCGAGGGGAUUUGGUGAUUCAACUACACCACCAGUUCACCUGACCAGUCAACUCCCACAGGCGGCAUCGGCGCCCCGACAACUCGUGGAUGGCGUAUGGCGGUUCCAGGCAGACGGGGGAGUGCAUGUCCGCAUUGAGUGGAAAGCCCCGACAACUGCUGUCAUCCCAGUCACAGAAUAUCGGAUAUCUUGGGCACCCGAGGAUUCUUCGUCAGAUAAACGCGCAGUGUUUGAGGAUAAAAUGUCAACAUUCCUCCACAUCGUGCCUGCUAGUCAGACGCACUAUCUCCUUCGCAAUCUCAAGGCAAACAUGUCCUACCACAUUCAAGUACAGGCAAUUUCCUCGUGGGGAUCAAAGACUUUUACCUCUGCGCCAGCGUCACAUUUCAUCAUAACUCCUGAACUGCCAAAACGGGAGCCUUACUAUCAACACCAAAGCUAUCCUGGGCAUGGUGUUAGCAAUCUUGGUUACGGUGGUACCCAAGUGCCCUGCAGCUGUGAUAAUGUCAGGGAGCGAGGUGGUGCCAGUAAACUUCAAAUAUCAUCAAACUUUCGCCCUUUGCGUUUUCCGCAAUCUCCUGGUGGUUUUCUUACGGUUCGAUUUGCCAACGAUCCCGGUGUUUCGGAUGGCCAGUUUCUGAAGACUAUACUUACGGUCAAUGAGUUCGCAGAGAGUUACAAUGCUCAAUUUUCUGAAGGAGAAAAUCUCUCACCGAAACUUCUCACAAUUCAGUGGAAGCAGCAGGCUUGCAUAGAAACCGGCGAGCAGAUAUCAAAAACAUUCAUGCCCCUCAAACCGCUGGAUGAAUUUGGUUCGGGGUCUGCGGGGAGUGAAUACAGCCGGUUCCUGAUGCUAGAACCAGUGGAGCAUGGAGAGGAAGUCGGUUUAUUACCAGAGGGUCAGUUAACUCGAACCGGACGAGUGGAAAUAUCAUCGCUACAGCUUAACUGCCACUACGCAAUAUUCGUGGCACCAAACAAACGCAAAUCAAAUGGUGCUACUCUGCAACAGCACACGGAUCAGCCUCCAAUUCACAUCGGAUGCUUAUGCACUCCAGCCUGCUUUGAUGAUCAGUCAAUACCAUGGGCUUCUCAUUUCAGCUGUUCCACCAAAGAAUCGGACGCCUUACUCCCUCCAACCAAUCUGCGCUCUCAGUUAGUCUCCGACACCUCCUUCAUUUACAACAUGUCUUGGCGGCCGCCCACAACUAUGCGGCAUCUGCGAAGCCCUCGACCCGACAUUGGCCCUGAGCUCAAUCUAUCCGAAAUUUUCUACAGGUGGGUCAAGCGAUCUGCGGUCGGAAGUUUAAAACCGCGCAUGCUGAUCACGCGCCACUUUAAUCCAUGGUGA